AUGGGGGAUUCACAGGAGAAUGAAGAUAAGCUGGAAGAGUUUCUAGAGCAGAAGGAAUAUGAAGACCCUGGAUUCCCCACGCUCCAGGUGGAGGAAGCAGAAGCUCAGCUCACCGAACCGACAGCCACAGACUACCACACCGCGUCGCACCGCCCCCCAGACGUCCUCGAGGUCGUCGUGGAGCUGCGGGAACUGGUGAUGGAUGAAAAGAACCAGGAGUUACAAUGGAUGGAGACAGCGCGCUGGGUGCGGCUAGAGGAGAACCUGGGGAAGGACGGGGUAUGGGGCCGCCCACACCUGUCUUACCUCACCUUCUGGAGCCUCUUGGAGCUGCAGAAAGCCUUUGCCAAGGGUACUGUCCUCCUGGACCUGCCAGAGAAGUCCCUGGCCGGGGUGGCCAGCCAGCUGCUGGACAGGUUUAUCUUCGAGGGGCAGAUCCAGCCUCAGGACCGAGAAAAUCUGCUCCGGGUCCUGCUGCUCAAACACAGCCACGCCAGAGACGUGGAGGCCCUGGGGAGUGUGAAGCCUGCAGUCCUGACACGUUCUGGGGACCCUUCACAGCCUCUGCUCCCACAGCAUCCCUCGCUGGAGACAGAGCUCUUCUGUGAACAGGGAGAGGGGAGCGCGGAAGGGCACUCGUCAUCUGGAAUGCUGGGAAGGAGUCCCCAGGACCGGGAGGCCACCCUGGUGCUGGUGGGCUGUGCCAGGUUCCUGGAGCGGCCAGUGCUGGGCUUUGUGCGACUAAAGGAGCCCAUGGAGACGGAGCAGAAGCCACAGGAGCCAGAGGGGCCGGCAGCCCCUGUGCGCUUCCUCGCCGUGUUGCUGGGACCUGAGGCCCCCAACAUCGACUACACCCAGCUGGGCCGGGCUGCUGCCAGCCUCAUGUCAGAGAGGGUGUUCCGCACUGAUGCAUACUUGGCCCAGAACAAGGAGAUGCUGGUGCAUUCCCUAGAGGGCUUCCUAGACUGCAGUCUGGUGCUGCCGCCCACGGACACGCCCUCUGAGGAUGCCCUGCUCAGUCUGGUGCCCGUGCAGAAGGAGCUGCUGAAAAGACGCUACCUGCCCAGCUCAGCCAAGCCAGAGCCCAGCUUCCUCAAGGGCCUAGAUUUGAAUGGGGGUCUAGAGGACACCCAGGAUGACCCUCUGCAGCGGACAGGCAGGCUCUUCGGGGGACUGGUACGUGACAUCCGGCGCCGCUACCCCCGCUACUUGAGUGACAUCACAGACGCAUUGAACCCCCAGGUCCUGUCUGCCAUCAUCUUCAUCUACUUUGCCGCCCUGUCACCCGCCAUCACCUUCGGUGGCCUCCUGGGAGAAAAGACCCAUAACCUGAUGGGUGUGUCGGAACUGCUUAUCUCCACCGCAGCGCAGGGCAUCCUCUUCUCCCUGCUGGGGGCUCAGCCCCUGCUCGUGGUGGGCUUCUCAGGACCCCUGCUCGUGUUUGAGGAAGCCUUCUUCUCGUUCUGCAAGAGUAACGGCCUGGAGUACAUCGUGGGCCGCGUGUGGAUUGGCUUCUGGCUCGUCCUGCUGGUGGUGCUGGUGGUGGCCUUCGAGGGCAGCUUCCUGGUCCGCUUCAUCUCCCGCUACACCCAGGAGAUCUUCUCCUUCCUCAUCUCCCUCAUCUUCAUCUAUGAGACCUUCUCCAAGCUGGUCACGAUCUUCCAGGACCACCCACUGCUGGAGAACUAUGACCACAAUGUGACAAGAAUACCCAAACCUCAGGCGCCCCUGCCCAACACAGCCCUCCUCUCUCUUGUGCUCAUGGCUGGCACCUUCUUGUUCGCCAUGACGCUGCGCAAGUUCAAGAACAGCUCCUACUUCCCUGGCAAGCUGCGACGAGUCAUUGGGGACUUUGGGGUUCCCAUCUCUAUCCUGAUCAUGGUCAUGGUGGAUGCCUUCAUCCAGGACACCUACACCCAGAAACUCAGUGUACCUAAAGGGCUCACCGUAUCCAACACCUCGGCCCGAGGCUGGCUCAUCCACCCGCUGGGCUUAUAUAAGCCAUUUCCCAUCUGGAUGAUGUUUGCCUCCGCCCUGCCUGCCCUGCUGGUCUUCAUCCUCAUCUUCCUUGAGUCCCAGAUCACCACGUUGAUCAUCAGCAAACCAGAGCGCAAGGUGGCCAAGGGCUCUGGCUUCCACCUGGACCUGCUGCUGGUCAUGGGCAUGGGCGGGGUGGCCACCCUCUUUGGGAUGCCCUGGCUCAGUGCCACCACUGUGCGUUCUGUCACCCACGCCAAUGCCCUUACGGUCAUGGGCAAGCCCAGCACCCCAGGGGCUGCAGCCCAGAUUCAGGAAGUCAAGGAACAGCGGAUCAGCGGCCUCCUGGUCUCUGUGCUCGUGGGCCUGUCCAUCCUCAUGGGGCCCAUCCUGUCCCACAUCCCCUUAGCUGUGCUCUUUGGCAUCUUCCUCUACAUGGGGGUCACAUCCCUCAGUGGCAUCCAGCUUUUUGACCGCAUCUUGCUUCUGUUCAAGCCGCGCAAGUACCACCCGGAUGUGCCCUACGCCAAGCGGGUGAGAACCUGGCGAAUGCACUUGUUCACGGGCACUCAGAUCAUCUGCCUGGUAGUGCUGUGGGUGGUGAGAAGCAUCAAAGCCAUCUCGCUGGCCCUGCCGUUCAUCCUCAUCCUCACGGUGCCCCUACGCCACUUCCUGCUGCCACUCAUCUUCCAGAACCUGGAGCUCCAGUGUCUGGAUGCUGACAAUGUCAAGCCGAACUUCGAUGAGGAGAACGGUCAGGAUGAAUAUGAUGAGGUGGCCAUGCCUGUGUGA